AUGGCACGGGCUGGCGCCAGAUCGCGCCAGUUCCAAUACGAACAAAAUGUAUCACAAUGGUCUGAGGAGAAACACCACCAGAUCUCGUUUCUGAAGGCGUCAUCUCGCACGACUACGCUUGGCCGACCUGGAAGCAAGUUUCCCCGGAAAGAUGGUGCCGCUGGCAUGAUGUCUCUGUCUUCAUAUGGUCUGUGGGCAAAUGGCCUAGAAAGACAAGCCCUCCAAGAUGAGAUUGUUGCAAAAAAGAAAGUCCUGGACCUCUGGUCAUCGUGA